CAGUGCAUCUCAUAGGCAGAGCCCUCCCCGGCCCCCCUGCAGGCACUGCCUGGAGGGUAUAAGAGGCCCCCGGCCGCAGCCGACACACACUCCGUGAGACCUCCGGCCUGGGACACCAGCUCCUCCUGCCUUCCUCCAUGAAGCUCAGCACCGCUGUCGCCCUGCUCAUGCUGGCAUGCAGCUGCCCCUCUGGUUCUGCGAAGACGUGCCCGUCGUUCCACAGCGUCCUGCAGAACUUCCUGAUGGGCACACUGUCUGGCUACGAGAGCACAGUGGAGCCCUUCCAGCCAGACCAGGAGAUGAAGGAGGCGGGGGCCCGGAUGAAGAUGCUGGUGGACAGCCUGCCCAAGGGCAUCCGGGAGGCGGUGCUGAAGCUCUCGGAAAAGAUAGUAAAAACCAGUGAGUGUGCUUAGAAUUCAGCAACCCAAGGCCUGCUGGACUCAAAGCUGAAGAUGUCCCCCGACCACCCCACCCCUGCCCGCGGCCCCCUUGGCUUUGCAAUAAACCUCCAGCAUUGCACUCAG